AUGUCUGGCUCUCCAGCCAAGCACACGGCGCAAUGCCGCAUAAAGCGCGAACCUGAUCCUGAUGAAAACGGCUCUGGUACCACUUCAGUCCCUGCUUCCCUCGUCGCAAAUUCGAAGCCUAUCUCUGCUCACAGCAAUCACCUCGAGAAGCUUGCCUCGAGCUCUUCCGUCUCGGAGCUUGAAUCUGCUGUUCAGGUCGGCAUCCGCCUUCUCGAAGACCUGAGGGCGCCCCUGAACGCUACUCGGGGAGAUGGGGAUCCCCAGGUGGCCCACUGGCUGCAGUGCAUUCAGCAGGUAGAGCUCAAGGCAAAACCACCUCGCACCGUUGUUGGGGUCGUUGGUGUCACCGGUGCGGGAAAGUCCAGCGUCAUCAACGCGCUGCUUGAUGAAGAGAGACUGGUGCCCACCAGCGGAUUGCGAGCGUGCACAGCUUCCGCUACUGAGAUCUCAUUCAACCACUCGGACGACCCGAGCGAACUUUAUCGCGCAGAGGUCGAAUUCAUCAGCGCAGACGAUUGGUCUCAGGAGCUCAAGACCCUUCUGAAUGACCUCAUCGAGAUCGUCGAUGGCACUCCCAGGAUUUCUCCGGAUUGCUACAACCCCGACACCGAUGCAGGUCUGGCAUAUAGCAAGAUCAGAGCUGUCUACCCAAAGAAAAAGAGGGACGACAUCGUGAGACAAGCGAGCAAUCCGGAUGAUAUUGCUCGAGAGCCUGAGGUUCACGGAGUCUUGGGAAGUACCAAGCUGCUGUGUGCCACUUCAUCCUCGGGCCUCUUUGAAAGCCUCAAACAGUACAUUGACAGCAAGGACCACGAGGGAAAUCCAAACCAGGAUAAGGAGAACUCGAACAAGAGACAGAAAAAGUCAAAAAAGGACAAUGAGAAGGACAAGGACAAGCCGAAGAAGCCUGAAAAGAAAAUGGAGUACUGGCCCCUCAUCAAAGUGGUACGAAUCUAUUCCAAGGCCGCUGCCCUUUCCACAGGAGUCGUGCUGGUCGAUCUUCCUGGCGUGCAAGACUCCAAUGCUGCUCGCGCCGCAGUUGCUAAGAAUUACAUGAAGGCGUGCAACGGCAUAUGGAUCACCGCUGACAUUCAGCGAGCCGUCAACGCCAAAAUCGCCAAGAAACUCCUCGGCGAUAGCUUCAGGAGGCAACUUAAAUACGACGGGGCUCUUUCCACAGUGAUCUUUGUCUGCACAAAGACAGAUGACAUCCUGCCCACGGAAGUUGGGGCCAGCCUAGGUAUUGAGGACGAACUCGGAGAUUACUGGCAGAAAGCCAAUGACCUGGAUUCGGAACGAAACGAGCUGACCUCGCAGAUCGAGAGCUUGAAGGAACAGAAGCGUGAGUUCGACGAACUCCUUGAGAAACUAGAUCUGGACAACGAACAAUGGGAGGAGCUACAGGAGGAGCUGGGUGGUGAUAAGCCUUUGUAUGCGCCUUCUGAUAUCACUAAGAAGCGAAAACGCGAGAUUACCCCAUCAAGCGACGUCGAUGCAGCUCAGGAUGAUACCGACAACGGAGAGACUGGCCAAACCUCCGAGGCCCCGGAUACACCACUGACAGAAGGCGAUAUCGAGAGAGAGCUUGCGACUAUCAAGAUCCACAAGAAAGAGGCUCGUAAGAAGAAGAAGAGCCUUGAAAAGGAGAUUUCCAGGGCUAGGCACGCAUUGGAUGAAGUCACAAAAGAAGGGGCAGAAACAAAAUCUGACAUGCUGCGGCUCUGCAUCCAGCGCAGGAAUGAGUAUGUCAAAGUUGCAAUCCAGCAAGACUUUGCGCUGGGAAUCAAAGAGCUUGAUCAGGAGGUUUCAAUUGAAGAGGAUGAAGCCGACUUCGACCCGGAAGAGGAGAAGCGAGACUAUGAUGAGCUCGCGCGAAGCCUGCCCGUCUUCUGCGUCUCAUCACGAUCGUACCAAAACAUGGCCGGAAGGCUAGAGAAAGACAUGGUCCAAACUGAUGGCUUUGCAUUUCUAGAAGACACAGAAAUCCCUCAGUUACAAGAACAUGCAAAGAGAGUUACUGAGCGCGGCCGCGUCAGCACUUCUCAGCUCUUCUUGAAUGAGCUGAACCGGCUCUUGCACUCUAUGAUGUUCUGGGCCUCCGGCAUUACAUGCCCUACCAUGAUACAAGAGGAAGUAGAAGUGGAUGAGAGACUCCUGGAUAAUCUCUUCACUAAACUUGACAAUAGUCUCCGUGAGACCAUCGAGGACUGCCACUCUUCUAUGAAACACGACCUCGAAAAGAACCUCCUCAAGACUUUUGAUACGCUCAUCCCUGCCGCUUCUGACAGCGCUCUCGAGACCGCAACUGGAUGGGGAAAACCUCGAGAGGAGAACGGACUGCAGUGGUCGAGCUACAAAGCAACAUGCCGCCGCGACGGCUGUUGGAAAGGAACCUUUGGAAAGCGAGACUUCAACGAAGAGCUGUUCGAGCCUAUAAAUAGGCAGCUGGCUGGAAAUUGGGAGAGAGUCUUCCAACGACGGAUUCCGCGGACCCUGCGCACAUUCGCCCAAGAAUGCAAGGAACAUCUGGAGAGCUUCCACGGCGACGUUGCUGCCAACAUGCUGGAUGCUUCUGCAAGCUGGACAAGUGUCAGCGGUCUAGACCAGCAGAAGCGUGCGUACCAGAAGAUGCUCGACACCACUCCUAAUUUCUUCGGUGCAAAGAUCACAGAGAUUCAGCGUGAAGUGAAUCGUGGAUUCACGCCAGUCAUCCAAGCUGCUAUGAAGCCCGCCUACGAAGCUUGUACCAAUGAGCGAGGUGAAGGCACGUUCGUCCGCAUGAAGGCCAUCAUGGAAUCCCAUGUGGCCACCGCCCGCAACACCAUGUUCAGACAGGCAUGCGAUUCAGUCCAAAGACAGCUGGAUUCAAUGUGCGUGGCAAUUGAGAAAUCAUUGACGGUCUUUGUCCAAGACCUGCUCGCCAAGAUUCGGCGGGACUAUCGCGCCAUCCUAGCCGGCCGCUGUGACGAAGCAUCUGCUGAGGUGCCUUUGGGCGAGCGAGUGCUGCGUGACCAGAUGCGGCUUAUCCUCGACGACGCCGACUAUCGAUUCGCAGAGUUUCGCUUCGCGGCUUCCGAAGACUCGAGGUCAGAGGAGAGCCUCAUUGCCCAGCAGCUCCAAGACGGCAUGGUGCAGAAUCAGGAGGACGUGCCAAACUCGGGCAUGGAGAAACAUGUGAAGUCGGAGAGCGCCUGA